AUGACCAGAUUCCUUGGUCAGACAAUUUACCUUAAUCUGGAGAUAACUGAUCUGGCUGGAGAAGCUGGACCUUCCCUGCAGCUCAUCCCCCUCGGUAAGCACCUGCCGUUCGGGCUCCCAGGAACGCACUGGGCAUCGCCCAACACCCGUGGGCCCGCCUUCCCUACUCGGCAGGAGGCAAAACCAGCAGCGGCCUCCCAGAACCCACCGCGUCCCCGGGCCUGCGGGCCCGCAGACACCGGAGGGCAACCUCCCUCCUUUUCACCCCAUCCCCUCGGGGACCCCCCGGGCAGCCCCCGGUACCUCGGAUGCCAAGUGUAUGACUUUGGAGACUUGAAUUUCCCUCAAGUUCCCAACGAUGAACUGUACAACAACCUGAUUUUAUAUCCACGGUCAGUGGGUUUAGCCAGCCAGGUACUGGCUGAUGCUGUAAGCAGAGCAGUAGCUGCUGGACACAGCUGUGUGACUAUAGGAGGUGAUCACAGCUUGGCACUUGGUUCUGUCAGUGGCCACGCACGACAAUGCCCACACCUUGGUGUGAUCUGGGUGGAUGCACAUGCUGAUAUCAACACCCCUCUUACAACUCAGUCUGGAAGCCUCCAUGGACAACCUCUCUCCUUUCUCUUGAGAGAGCUUCAAGAUAAAGUACCACAACUUCCUGGCUUUUCCUGGCUAAAGCCCUGCCUUUCAGCAUCUGAUAUCGUGUACAUUGGUUUGAGGGAUGUGGAUCCUGCUGAGUACUAUAUUUUGAAGAACUAUGAUAUCCAGUAUUUUUCUAUGAGGGACAUUGAUCGCCUUGGAAUACAGAAAGUUAUGGAAAGAACAUUUGAACGACUGAUGGGCAGGAGACAAAGACCAAUUCACCUCAGUUUUGACAUUGAUGCUUUUGAUCCCUCACUGGCUCCAGCAACUGGUACUCCUGUUCUCGGUGGAUUAACUUACAGAGAAGGCAUGUACAUCACAGAAGAAAUACACAACACAGGAAUGCUUUCAGCUGUAGACAUGGUUGAAGUCAAUCCACUGCUUGGAGCUUCUCAAGAGGAAGUGAACGCAACUGCUAGUCUGGCAGUCGACGUGAUAGCAACGUGCUUUGGGCAGACAAGGGAAGGAGCACACAUUGCUUUUGAUGAACUCCCAACACCCAGUUCUCCAGAUGAAUCUGACAGUGAAGAGCAAGUGAGGAUUUAAGAACCCAAAGUGUUGGGUACGUUGGACAUUAUACAGCUCUGCUGAGGCACUUGAAUGGAAAGUCAACACUUGGCAAAUACUGUUAACUUCUCAAUUUUUAAAUAAACUAGCUUUUCCACUGAUCAGUGGCUACUUUAUUACAUACUAAGAUUUAUUCAUUUAGUAUAUACAAAUGGGGACAAUAAAAUAUUUAUUACCUUCUUACUCAUCUUA